AAAGGGGCGAACGUUUACCAUGGCCGAGGUACGUCAUACUGGUAUUUAUUCCUGUUUGGAAAUAUUUGAGCGGUAUUUUACCGUAUCUUAGCAAGUAAACUACAUAAAUUCGGUCAGCUGUUGUUUGUGAUGGCAGCGACGGACUUUAACGGUUGCAAUAACCAAGUUCCUACAGCAAACACUCACAGUUUACAGGACAUCCAGCAGCCUUUUUUCGCCAUCAAGGUGUUCAUCCAGAGAGACUACAGCUCAGGAACUCUCUGCAAGUUCCAGAACAAGUUCCCCACGGAACUCGAAAACAGGAUGGAAAGACAACACUUUGAGGAGACCAUCCAGACUUUAAACAACCUGUAUGCUGAAGCAGAGAAACUUGGGGGGAAAUCCUACGUAGAGGGCUGCCUUGCCUGCCUCACUGCCUACACCAUAUUCCUCUGUAUGGAGACCCAGUAUGAAAAAGUGUUAAGGAAGGUCGCCAGAUACAUUAAGGACCAGAAUGAGAAGGUCUACAUUCCCAGGGGCCUGCUGCUUACUGACCCCAUAGAGAGAGGCCUCAGAGUUGUUGAAAUCACAGUCUGUGAAGACAGAAGUUUUGUCCCUACAAGAUAAACCCAGGACUGGUGACUGACUGAUCAUGUGCCCAAACAUACGCUCAGAUCUGUGGUUCUCCUGAAUCGGUGUACUGUAUAUAAUAAUUUCCUGCUCUAUUUUUUUAUUUAUAUACUGUAUACUCCACUGACUGCCUCUCUGUUUCUUUCUACAUGUGGUGGCUUUUGGUAUGUACAAAAUGAUGUAUAAAGCUAAUCAAGACUGGGCCUUUCAAAUAGUGCCAUUGUUAAACGUCAAUUGUGCUUUUCCUUGAAUAGUUAGACCAGUGUUUUGUGUCUAAUAUCUAGUUGGUCAGAGUUGCUGUAAAAUCAGAUGCGUGAUGAACUCGGUUGUCAUUAGGGACUGUGUAAAUGGCAGUAUUUCACAGUAUUCUUAAUUUUUAAAGUUGAGAUUUUUGUGAAUCCUAAAUUGGUAUUUUUUUUUUUUUACAGUUUUUAUAAUAAGACCAUUGUAAUUGUGACUCUUAAGUUGUAUGAGGCCAUUAUUGUGAAUGUUUGUUUUGUAUGAUCACCACAGAACCACUCCACAUUCCACACGUGCUUGCUAUUGUGGGGUUGUACUUCUCUUAUAAACUACAUUUAUUUCAAUCUGGGUUUCCUCAAACAUUUUCAGCUCAAGACGCAACAUAGAACUUGGUUCCUCUCGAGGAGCCAAGUUUUAAAAAAUUAAAUACUGUAGUGUACAUAUAUAUUAAUAAUGAAAAAUGCAACAUAGACUACGUGAAUAAAAAAAGAAACGGGUGACUGCUUGUUUAGCAAGGACAUCCCAUUUAACUUUUGUGACCCCCAGUAAAAAUUGAUGCGGCACCCAUAGUAGUGAUUAUUUGGGGAAACCUUGAUCGAAGUAAAUUGCCUUUCCUGUUAACCCUUAUGUCACUUCUGACCAGGGAAACAUUUAUUAAAUGAUCCUUUAAUAAACUAAAUGUACACAUAGUUA